GCAAUGUGAACUUGUUAAUGAUGUCACCAAGAGCAACAGCUAGCUACAGCAGUAACAGAAGCAAGCAAAGACAGCUGUUCCAGCCCUCCUGGCAUAAACAUUCGCAGUCAGUGCUCAGGGAAGCAUGUCAUCAGAGCAAAGCAGUGUCUGGCAUCCUAGCCUAGUGAAUAUGAAACAGAGAAAAUGAAGGCUGACAGAAGCUCCAGAUGUCUCAUCAUGACCAACAAGACUUGCAGGAAGGCUGCCGCUGGUUUAAAUAUUUAUCUAUUUAUGUCUAUGUGCCUGCCAGCACAAUUCACAUGGACUGAUUCAUUUUAGUGAAACCUUCCUGUGACUUUCAAGUUAACUCUUGUAGCUUUCCACUUACUUCAGAGCAGACUGAAUUACUGUCUGUGUACGUACACCUUGCUAUGGGGGAUGAUUUUUAAAAUGGACACAGGCUUUAAUGGGGAUCAGUCAGUAACCAAUGAUUAUUCUGCCUUCUCACAUCUUCUGCACUCGGAUGUGGCAACUAAUAUCUCAAAUCAGACUUCCAAGAAUGAGACACUCUCUGAAUUGGACCCUGCAAGGGCAAUAACCCUUGGACUUGUUCUGGGCAUAUUUAUAGUGUUUGCCAUAGCUGGAAACAUUGUGGUUAUACUUUCAGUUGCUUGUAACAGGCAUCUGAGAACUCCAACCAACUAUUUUAUUAUUAACCUUGCUAUUGCAGAUCUUUUAUUGAGUUUCACAGUGGUGCCUUUCUCAGCAACAUUUGAGAUUGAGGGCUAUUGGGUGUUCGGAAGGAUUUUCUGUGACAUAUGGGCUGCUAUGGAUGUCUUAUGUUGUACUGCCUCCAUCAUGAGCCUCUGUGCAAUUUCCAUUGAUAGAUACAUAGGGGUAAAAUAUUCCCUUCAGUACCCAGCAUUAGUGACAAAAAGAAAAGCUGUGCUGGCACUCCUUGUGGUUUGGGUUUUGUCCAUAGUUAUCUCUAUCGGUCCACUUCUUGGCUGGAAGGAGCCAGCACCUCCAGAUGAAAAAGAAUGUCGCAUAACUGAGGAGCCUUUUUAUGCCUUGUUCUCAUCUCUAGGUUCAUUUUACAUUCCAUUAACUGUGGUCCUGGUUAUGUACUGUAGGGUCUAUUUUGUCGCCAAAAGAACAACCAAGAACCUCCAAGCUGGAGUAAUGCGGGAACGGACAAGGACUAAGGAGCUUACACUAAGGAUUCAUUAUCGGGGGAGUCAGGAAGAAACAGAGGGGCAUGGCUCAAAGUCAAGGGGGCACCCUUUAAGGACAGCACUGUCUGUGAAACUUCUCAAGUUUUCAAGACAAAAGAAGGCAGCUAAAACACUGGGCAUUGUUGUGGGCAUGUUUAUACUCUGCUGGCUUCCCUUCUUUAUUGCUCUUCCUAUAGGAUCUUUGUUUUCUUACUUAAGACCACCAGAAACAGUCUUUAAAUUUGUAUUCUGGCUUGGCUACUUCAACAGCUGCAUGAACCCAAUAAUUUACCCCUGUUCCAGUAAGGAGUUCAAAAGAGCUUUUACUCGUAUCCUAAAAUGCCAGUACCAUCAAAGGAGACAUCACAGAUGGAGAGUCAACAGAAACAAGAACUGGAAUCGCGGGUCCCUGGACAAUUCUCGAAAGGAUUCCAUGGAAGAUAGUGACUUCAUAAACAGUAGUCAGAAGACAAUACCAUCAGCUGCACCCAGUCCAAGCUGCACAAAGAAAAAAAUACCAAACUUGGAGGUGUACAAUUCUGAUAACUUUAAACCUCAAAGUCCCUUUCAAGGAGAACCUCUAGACACUGUUCAAUCACAGGAAAUCCUUCAGAAAUGUGCUUUUCAUUUUGUGGACAUGUAUACUGUGCAAGCAGAUGAUAAGCCAGAUAGCUCAACACAGGAAUCUAGGACAAAGCCUGGUGCAAUGAAUGGAGGCAUUCAUGUCACAGAGCCUACCAAUUUCUAAAAGCAUAAUUUUAAAGAAAAAUAUGUCUUUAAGAGGACACCAAACAAAUAUAUUUUUUCUACUAUCAUUAUUCAUGUGUGCUGGUUUCCACAACAGAAAAUGUGCCACAUUAAACAGAUGAUAAAAUGUUAAAGAAUUUGAUAGCUAUGACAAAUCAGAACAUAUUUAAAGGUAUUACAGGAAUAAGGAAAAGUGAUAUUUACAGUGUGUUACUCUAGCUUCCCAUCUACCACCAGGUUCAUCUCCUUUUCAGAUGCCCAAAGAGGGGCAUCUUUUCAGAAAUGUGACAUUUUGUAGAACAAAGUAUUCCCACAACUAGUCCAAAAAGGACAGGGCGUUAUUUUGUUACCAAAAUAAAAGCUCAUUCCUGUAGAAUUUGAGACAUUUCUGUUGAUUAAUACCAUAUUAAAGUACUUCAGAUACAAAGUAUUGUUUUAUGCAUUUAUGCAACUCUUACAGGAAACCUAGGAAAUAUUUUUUAUCUUCAAACCUCAGGACAUUAGCCUGCAGGAUAAAGCAGCCUAAACAGAGACUGUCCUGCAUAAAGAGGGAUAGGCUGUAACACUAUCUAUCUUCUUGUCAGUAAGCGAGUAGAAAUUGGCUGUAGAACUGGCAAAGUCAGCCACAUGGAAAAGAUGUACUCUCCUUAGAAAUCAAAAACUACCUGCAACAUGGAUUGUACUUUUAAUUCAAAUGUGAGGUUUCCUGUUCUGUUCAUAUACCUUAAUCUUGAAGUUUCAUCUGGGUUGGUUUUCCAUUUUCAUUUACAUACAUUCAUCAGUUAUACAGUUAGGGUAGGUGACACAUGAAUUCUCAGAAAAGAAAUCACUGCCUGUAUGAUUAUUACUCUCUGCAGUUCUGAUUAAACAACAAAUAUCAUAGCUUAGUCUGUCAAAUAAAUAUUUUUCAACCAAAAUCCAGCACAUCAGAUGGGCAGCCACUUUAUGUAGGGGGUGUGAUGCCCAACCUCUGGGCCAGUAAUCAAGGAGCCUCAAUCCUCACCACUGGCACCUGUGUGGGACGUUCACUGGGAGGAUAACAGGUACACACACACACACAGUAUUUCCAGAUGCAGUUCUCUGUAUCAAGCGCAAUUUCCCUUAAAAGCACACAGAGACCACAGUCAGCCCUGGGCUAGUUUCUCCAUCUUUCUCCUGAUCCCCAAUAAGACUCCCCAAUGGCAUGGAUAUAGAAUUAUCUCAGCUGAUUUUUCAACCAAGGCCUCCAGCAACCUCUCUGGCCAACCAGUGCUUCGUGUCCCUGCCCAAGUAGCUUUCACACACACUCUUUGAGAUAUGAUUCGCACACACACACAA